AUGGCUGGAGUAAAGAAAAGAGGCGGAGGAAGAAGAAACCCCUCUAAUCGAACCUCUGGAACCUCACAAACGGCGAAUCACAGACCCGCCAAUCUUCCUCCCCAGUAUACCUUCACGCCGGCGAACCAUCGAGUCCCAGAGACUGAUUCUCAGGGAACUCCUGUCCCAAACCUCCAGCCUCCAGCGAGACCUACACCUUCUUACCGAGACUAUCCACCUCCGACAAAUCUGUUCCAGCACUCGAGGAGCUUUCCCGGAACAUCCCCUUCCGGCGAAGAUCCAACCAGGCGUCCUUUUCCUCAACCUCUCGCCUCCGCGAUGAAUCCACCAGAAUUCUCGAGUCAACUUCGAGAGUCUCCUCAACCGCGUCCUUUUCCUCAACCUCUCGCCUCCGCGACGAAUCCACCAGAAUUCUCGAGUCAACUUCGAGAGUCUCCUCAACCGUCAGUCACGAAUCAUCAUCGACAGUCUCCUCAAGUCUCGAAUCUACCACGAGAGUCUCCUCUACCUCGACAGUCUCAUCGACCACUCUCUUCUCAACCUGGUCAACCUCGAGCAGCUUCUGCAUCGCUUCACAGUUCUCAAGCGCAAAACUCACAUGAGGAAGAAGCUGAUUCGGAGGAUGACGGUGCAAGGGAAUCAAAUCUCCCAGCUGAUGUACUCGCUUCUUUACAUGACAUGCUUGUCCAACCAGGCCGUGAGAAGUAUACCACUGUCCUCUCUCUCUCAUUAGAGCGUGGAACCACAUGGUAA